CAUGGACUGGAUGGACACUGAAUGGUUUCCCUAGUGACAGCCAUCAGGUGUGAUAGCCAAUGGUUCAGGUUCUCCAGUGUCGUAAAUAGAUGAUAUGCACUUGUUUAUUCACGUUAAGUGAACGCUGGCGCGUAAACGGCCCACGCAUGUCUUUUUAUAGUGACUAAUAGUAUACUGUUAUAUGUAAAUGAUGAGCCUCGGUUAGUUAGGCUGAAGGAAGAUCUCUUUGAAGAGAAGGCAGUUUUAAACAAGACACAUGCUGCUAAGCGAUGGGACAGGACUAAUGUAGACUGAUGGAGCUGUGAUACGUGUGUGUGUGUGUGUGUGUGUGUGUGUGUGUGUGUGUGUGUGUGUGUGUGUGUGUGUGUGUGUGUGAGAGAGAGAGAGAGAGAGAGAGAGAGAGAGAGAGAGAGAGAGAGAGAGAGAGAGAGACUUCUUAGCUUUGUAUAGCUAAACAGACAAGUGGCCGUUAAAGACGACGAUCUACAUUCUUUUAUAUCGUUGGCAAAAGAGAGUACAGCAGGAUCCAUUCAGAACAAUGCACUGCAUGGAUUCAUUUGGAAUAAAAAUCUGAGAGAGCUGUUUUAUUCCGCGGCCUUUUUGACAUCAACUAACCAUGGCAACUGGAGGAUCAAUUGGGUUAUUUUUGUUGUAGAUUGCCAAAAGGAGAGGACCAUGUUAAAAAAUUAGCGCAGACUCUUCAAACAUGGACUGAUAUUGCCUGGUAACUUCUGCCAUGUCUGUAUGUAAUGCCAGCUCUGUGGAACAAUGUGGCCUGCCUGGACCAACAGAGCCUGAGCUGCAGGAGGUUCAGACUAGUUUAAUUCCUGUUGUGAUAAGGGUGGCUUUAGCUGCCAUCAUGAUAUUCAUGAUCACCAUUGGUUUCUUGGGCAAUUCAAUAGUGUGUUUGAUCGUCUAUCAAAAACCGGCAAUGCGAUCAGCUAUCAACCUGCUUCUAGCCACGCUAGCCUUUUCAGACAUUAUGCUCUCUCUGCUGUGUAUGCCUUUCACUGUGGUAACUGUGGCCUCCACUGACUGGAGUUUCGGAGUAGGAUUCUGCCGAGCGUCUGUCACGCUUUACUGGUUCUUUGUUCUGGAGGGUGUCUCCAUCUUGCUCAUCAUCAGUGUGGAUCGCUUUUUCAUCAUCGUGCAGAGGAAGGACAAGUUAACUCCACAUCGUGCCAAAGUUCUGAUCGCAUCUUCAUGGGCUCUCUCCUUUUGUGUGGCACUUCCAUCACUUAUAAGCUGGAGGACAGGUAUCGUCAUAAAACGGGUGCCACAGUGCAUCCUGGGAUAUAGUGACUCACUGGCAGAACGGGGUUACAUGGUUUUGUUAGCAGUAGCAGUUUUCUUUGUUCCGUUUGGUGUCAUGCUGUAUUCCUACAUGUGCAUUCUGAACACAGUGCGGCGAAAUGCGUUGCGCAUCCACACCCAUGUUGCUGAAGACUGUGCAGGGCUUAAGCUGGGUCUUACAGGUCUGCAGCGCCCCCCACAGGUCAACGUGGACAUGAGCUUCAAAACCAGGGCCUUCACCACCAUCCUCAUCCUAUUCAUUGGCUUCUCUAUGUGUUGGUUGCCUCAUACUGUAGUGAGCUUAAUGGCUGUUUUCAGUCGCCGCUUCUACUUCAGUCCAGCAUUUUAUCCAGUCAGCAUAGGGGCUCUGUGGCUCAGUUACCUAAAAGCUGUAUUUAACCCUGUCAUCUACUGCUGGAGGAUCCGCAAAUUUCGUGAAGCCUGUUUAGAUUUCAUGCCCAAGACUUGCAGGCUGUGCCCCAAAGUUCCUGGUCGAAGUCACAGGCGCAUACGACCCAGCAAUAUUUAUAUCUGUAGCAGUGAGACCCAGUCUGCCGUUUAACAUUUGAAUUUUCUAAACUGAAAUGUGGUUACACUUUAAUUUGUUCAUAGUCCAGCUGAAAUGUAGAAACACUUUGCAAAUGAUUCAGUGAAAAAAUGUCACUGACACCUUCGUUUCAACAACACAGAAAGCAUAAAAUAGAAUAUCCUUUACAGUUACAGGUGUGGAUUAUAUAAUCUGUUAAUUUCAGAUGACUGUAUUUUUAAGCAAAUAAAUCCCUGACUUUUAAUAUGACCUAACACUAAAAAGCAACAUCAGCUAAAUAGUUGUCAUACAGUGUAAUACAAGCAAAUGGAAGCCCCUUUUAUUCUGUUUUUUAUGUUUAGAAAGAAUCACAACAAAUUGAAACCAUGGACACUGACAAAUAAAACAUAUGUUGAACAUUUUGUUAUCUGAAUGGAAAUACUUAAUAAAAUAAUGCAAUAAAGCAACAGCGCCUCAUGAUUAAGAAAGUAUUGCAUAUUGCAAGUUUAAAUAGAAACUUGUGGUUCAAGGGAAGUUGUAUAAGUGCAAAGGAAUUACAUAAAAUUUGCAUCUCUAUAGAAGGCAUGCUGAAACAGAAAUAGGCAUUGAGUAAAUAAAGAUUCUUAAAACCCAAUCAUGGAUAUAAAAUAUAUCAGAAAACCUUUGGUUGUUGGUGUGCUUCCUGCUGUUGAGCAGGUUUACAGCAUUUAGCAGGAGCCCUUAUCCAGAAUGAGUGACUCACUUUUUUUUUCUAUAUAUGCAAUUGAGGGUUAAGGGCCUUGCUCAGGGGCCCAGCAGCGGCAGCUUGGUGGACCUGGGGUUCAAACCCAUAACCAUCCAUAUAGUAGUCCAACUCCUUAACCACUGAGCUACCACAUGUUUCACAUCUCUAGGUUUAUCAGUCUCUAAAGCUUGAUAAGAAUCCAGCAUGGAGGCACAACAGGUAGCACUGUGUUUGCUUUUUCUCUUGGUGUCAUCUCACCAACGAAAAACAUGUUUCUGUCUCGUAAUCAAACACCGACCAGGAGAAAGUGGUAAAUAAAUUUUGCUAAAAGAUUUGCAAGUACUGAAUGCCAUUAUAUUCUUUUAUAUUCAAUUUUAAUUCAUUUAUUUUGAUUUCCACACUCAGUGAUUUUAAUGCUGAACUUUCUAUAUAAAAUGUAUUAAAUCCAUAUAUUGAAAGGUUGUCUACUUCAGAUAUGAUU